AUGAAGGAUGAUGAAACCUUGUCUGUGUAUCUCAUUCGUUUUCUUGAGUUGGUGAAUCAAAUGAAGGGGUAUGGAGAAGAUUUAUCAAGAGGAAGAUUGGUUCAGAAAUUGCUUAUAAGUCUGACCAAAGAGUUUGAUCUAGUGUGUUAUGUAAUUGAGCAAACUAAAGACAUUGAAACUAUUGAGGCGCAAGAAGUCAUUGCUGCACUAAGAGGUUUUGCUCAAAGGCUUGAUAGGCAUGCUGAGAGUACCACUGAAAGAGCUUUCAGUAGUAUGAGUGUAAAUCAGAAGGGAACCCAGUCAAGUUCUUCUUCUGGUGAUGCUAAGCCAAAGAAGAACUGGAAAUCGAAGGGGAAGCCAAAAUGCUAUGGUUGCAAUCGAUUUGGUCACUACAUUAAGGAAUGUGAUCAAGCAAACAAGGCUAGAAAAGUAGCAAAUCUUGCUAAUCAGUCUUUGCUUGUGAACAUUGAUAAGAAUGUGAAAUGUAGAGUCAAAAUGGGUACUGGUGAUUUGAUACAGUCAACUGGCAAAGACACUUUGGUCAUAGAAAUGGAGGGUGUGACCAGAUACAUUAAGGAAGUUAUGAUUGUCCCUGGCUUGGAUGAGAACCUGUUAAGUGUAGAUUCCAUAGCCACCUUACUUAGGGCUGAGGCCAUUGCUCAGAAACUGCAUCUUGGUGGUGUCUUUUGUAUCCCUGCCACAGGGUAG